CCAUCAUAGAAAAAUACCGAAUCAACGUUUUGUCCUCCCAAGUUUCCUCCAACAAUGGAACUUAGAAACAAUUUUCUACCACCCUUUGCCCAUCUUGUCUCAGUGUCCUAAUAUACACUUCAUUCUUAGAUGCAGAGAGAGAAAAACUUAAAAAGGUAACUGAGCAUAUAGGAGAAAAACAAAAAUGGAAACCUUUGGUCGCGUUUCAAUCAAUGUUUUCCAGCUUAUGAUUCUUACAUUGUUUCUCAUGUGCAUGACAACAAACAGUGUUGAAGCUCAAGAGCCGCCUCUUCCUCCAGAUUCUGAAAUGGAAGCUCUUCAUGAGAUAGCAGCAGAUCUUGGAAAGAAGGAUUGGAAUUUCAAUGAGAACCCUUGCAACAAUAAGUCAACCUGGUUUACACCAUCACCGCCGCUAAAUGUGGAACUGGCAGUAAAUAACAGUACUGUCACCUGCAAUUGCUCCUUCCCCAAUGGUGAAUGUCAUAUUGAUGGCAUCUAUCUUAGAGGGCAGGAUCUUAACGGUGUUCUUCCACGCUCACUCUCAAAACUAUCGUACCUUAAAACAAUUGAUCUGCAUCGAAACUAUAUUAAUGGUACAAUACCCCGUGAAUGGGCUGCUAUGGAGUUGGAAUUUGUGUCUCUUUCUAUGAACCACUUAUCGGGGUUGAUUCCAGGCUAUUUGGGAAACAUUACCACCCUUGUCUAUUUGAGCCUUGAGAACAACGUAUUUUCUGGAACUAUUCCUCCUGAGCUGGGGAAAUUGGUUAACCUGGAAAAUCUCAUUCUUAGUGCUAACUAUCUCACUGGAGAGUUUCCCUCAGCACUUUCUAAUCUGUCCAAACUAACAGAACUUAGGAUUAGCAGUAAUAACUUCACUGGAAAGAUACCCAACAAUUUUCAAAGUUGGAAGCAACUUGAGAAAUUAGAGAUUCAAGCUAGUGGUUUUGAAGGGCCAAUCCCUCCCAACUUAGCUGUCUUGAAUAAUUUGACAGAACUAAGGAUCAGUGACUUACAUGGAGAGAGUUCAAAGUUUCCAAAUUUACGAAACAUGACAAACUUGCGCAGAUUAAUGCUACGGAGCUGCAAUAUAUCUGGACCAAUCCCAGAAUAUAUAUGGGAAUUGUCACGACUACAGAUUUUGUACUCUUCUUGUUUCAUCUCAAUUUUCAUUCUUUACGUAGAUCUCAGCUUCAACAAAUUGGAAGGCAAAAUUUCAGGUUCUAACAGCCUUACAACUACAGAAUACAUGUACCUGACAAGUAAUUUGCUCACCGGCCCCAUUCCAGACUGGCUGAAUACCAGAGAUGGCCGCUAUCAGAUAGAUCUAUCUUACAAUAAUUUCUCUGAAAGCUUUGAGCCCGAUCCUUGUCGUGAAAAUCUAAAUUUGUUCAAAAGCUCUUCAGGAGGGAAACACUUAGGACUUGAUAACUGCCUGAAGAACUUCCCUUGUUCGAGAGAUCGGUAUUCAGUGCAUAUAAAUUGUGGUGGAGGUGCGACCGCCAUUGGGGACAUCAAUUAUGAAGGGGAUGAAGACUCAGGUGGUCCGGCCAAAUAUUUUCCAAUCAAGGAGACUUGGGAAACUAGUAGCACUGGGCAUUUCUGGGAUACCUCCGGAACGGCAAAGGCCUAUAUAGCACAAAAUGUUUCCAUGCUGAGAACAAACAACUCUGGAUUGUACACAAAAGCGCGCCUCUCUCCUCUUUCUCUCACUUAUUAUUUUCGUUGCUUAGCAAACGGAAAUUAUACAGUCACACUUCACUUUGCAGAGAUAGUUAUCAGACAAAAUAGUUCCUUUCAAAGUCUUGGAAGACGAAUAUUUGAUGUUUAUGUUCAGGAGAAACUUGAAUUGGAGGAUUUCAAUAUUGCAAAUGUGGCCAAAGGUGUUGAUCAGGAAGUUAUAAAGAGAUUUAAAACCGUUGUUAGGGACAAAACUUUGACAAUACGCUUCCACUGGGCUGGGAAGGGGACAACUGCUACUCCGAAAAGAGGAACCUAUGGUCCACUGAUUUCAGCUAUCUCAGUAGAGUCUGAUUUUAAGCCUCCAGAUCCAAAUGGUUGGAAGAGGAAGAUGAAGUUUGUGGUUGCAGCUGCAGUUUCUGUUCUAUGCCUCAUUUUAGUAAUAUUAGGCAUUUUAUGGUGGAAAGGCUAUUUUGGUGACAAGAUCUCAAGAGAACAAGUCCUGAGGGGAUUAGAUCUGCAGACUGGCUUUUUUACCUUUAGACAAAUGAAAGCUGCUACUAACAAUUUUGACAUUGAAAAUAAAAUCGGAGAGGGUGGUUUUGGAUCUGUCUAUAAGGGUGUACUACUAGACGGUACUAUAAUUGCAGUUAAACAACUUUCUUCAAAAUCAAGGCAAGGAGACCGUGAAUUUCUGAAUGAACUAGCCAUGAUUGCUGGAUUACAACACCCAAAUCUUGUGAGGUUGUAUGGAUGUUGCGUUGAGGGGAACCAGUUAUUGUUGGUGUAUGAAUACUUGGAAAAUAAUAGCCUUGCACGCGCUUUAUUUGGUCCCAAGGAAAGCCAGUUGAAAUUGGACUGGCCUACCAGGCAGAAAAUUUGUCUUGGCAUAGCAAAAGGUUUGGCUUUCCUACAUGAGGAAUCAAGUUUAAAAAUUGUUCAUAGAGACAUCAAAACUACCAAUGUGCUGCUGGAUGGGGAUCUCAAUGCUAAAAUCUCUGACUUUGGUUUGGCCAAGUUUGACGAGGAGGAAAACACCCAUAUAAGCACCAGAGUUGCUGGAACAAUAGGAUACAUGGCACCAGAAUAUGCAUUAUGGGGCUACCUGACCUAUAAGGCAGAUGUUUACAGUUUUGGGAUUGUUGCAUUGGAAAUUGUUGCUGGAAAGAACAAUACAAGAUAUAGACCAGAAGAGGAUUACGUAUGCCUCCAGGAUUGGGCUCUUGUUUUACAACAAAAGGGAAAUCUAAUGGAGUUGGUAGAUCCAACGUUGGGGAGCGAGUUCAACAGGGAAGAGGCACUUAGAAUGACAAAAGUAGCUUUAUUGUGCACUAAUCCAUCACCGGCACUUAGACCUAUCAUGUCUGAGGUGGUAAAAAUGCUUCAAGGUCGAUCACUUGUUCCUGAGUUAAUCAUGGAUCCAAGUAUCUUUGGUGAUGAGUCAAGGUUCGGAGCCCUAAGAGACCAAAUCAACCAGAUGCAACCUCGGAAGCCUAGUGAAACUAGUACCUUCACUCCGUCAUCAGAUUCAGCGGUAUUGCCUGGCUCUUCCUCAAUGUCUGUCUAGGAUUAUAUCAAAUGAAUGUUGGUUCUUAGUAGCGUAAAGAUGGUAUUUAUAUAUGGAUUAUUAUUUCAUAGACGAUCGGGAGAGGAUUUAUAGUUUCAGUAACAGUAUCCUCCUUUACAUUGUGACAAUUGAGAAGGUGCCUAAUAGCACUGUCUGGCGAUGCUUGAUCCAGGGGGCACCUAAAAGUUAAAGCUUAUGAUUUAGAAUAAUUUAUGCAUAUAUAUAGUUUUGACUAUAAAUCCUAUGCAGAUUUGCAAUCGAGAUCAGUGUAUCCAUAAUUAUAAAAACAUUGAAAAGAAUCUUAUUUACAAAAUUAACU